AUGGAGGCUGACAGCACCACACCGCCUGAGGAGGACGUUAACAUCGAGGUCCUCGAUGUGUCAGAGUCGGACGAAGAGUGGCACGAUGUGGAGGAAUGGGAGGACAUCUUGCUGGCGGAUCCUGACGAUGAGGUCCAAAUCCCCGCUAGUCCCAGCCCCUCGAUCAGCUCAAGCUCCUCAAGCAUUGAGAUACUUGACUGGCCGGAGGCUGUUAACGAGGAUCUGGACAUCGAGGAGGCACCUCGAGCAUCGUCACCAUCCGAGUCCGAGACCGAAACAGUGGAGAUGGAAGAUCCACGCAUCCCCACACCUCCACCGUGGAACCCGCCACCGCCGGAACAAAAUGGACCUGGAGGGAUCCCUGGACCACCGGAGGAGGUUGAGGUGAGGCUGGAGGAGGACCCAUACUGGGACCCGAUCCGGCCGUUCAUCCCUUCGUUGGUCUGGCUGGAGCAAUACCGUCCUGGCCUCUUCAGGGCAAUUCACGAGAUGGUGGCUCGCUACAGCCAUCGUGAUAACCAGGAGUGCCCCAUCAGAUGGAGGACGGAUCUCGCGGAACGCUCGGCCUUACCCACCGAGACCCAGGAGUGGCCCCUGGAAGAACCCACAAUGGUGGACCAGGAGACACAGACGGAGUUCGUUGCCGUUGAGAGGUCAACACAAACGACUCCCCUGACUCCUGCACCAACGGCACCACCAUCGCCAGCACGACCAUCGCCAGCACCACCAUCGCCAGCACCAACAUCGCCGGAAGCAGUCGAAGAGCCCCCAGCUUCGAUGGAGUUGGACCCAGUGUCCUCGGCUUCGGAGGAUGCACCGGAGACGGUGGAUCCGUUCGGACCCUUCACGAAGCCGAAGGUCCGGCCUGAAAAACCCCAGUGGUGGUCAAGCCACUCAGAGGAAAGCCUCCACCACGAGCGGCGCUACCGAAGACCGAGCCGCCGAAGCAGGAGUCGCGACGGCAGACUCCACCCCACACCUGGGACGAGUCGCAGCCGUCCAGAGGAGCCGACCAGCUUCUUGCGUUGGAUCGAUGACAGAUCCGAGGACGAGGCACCUGAAACACCUUCGUACCCUGCUCCAAGUGCACCGUCCCGCCCGCAACGUCUGUGCUGGAAUUGCCACCAGGAGGGACACAAUUUCAGCAAUUGUGUUGAAACUAGGCGGAAGUUCUGCCAAAUGUGCGGAAGGCAUGGGCACACCACUAGAACGUGCCCACGCUGCAGCAGAAGAUGGGAGGCAAUGGGACCGUAUGUCCCCAAAUACGGCACAAACGUUCCUCGAGACUACGACCACCAUCGCCAUCACCCUUACUAA